UAGUUUUUUUUGUCUUAAGCUAAUUUUAUUUGAAUCGUCCGUGCAUCUUAGAACGAAAUUAGCAAAGUUCAUCAGAUUUGUGCUAUUAACUUUCCAGGGAGAUCGAUAGAGUUUUCAAAAGUUAAGUCUUAGGUAGAGAUUUAAGUUAAGUUUAGAAUUGUUGCCAACCAAGUUUACAGUCUGGGGUAAAAGUCCACCACCUUACCGCUUUCUUUAUCAAUAUUGAGCCACUUCCCAGAAAAAGACCGAAGCAAUGAGAUGCGAAGUGAAAUGUAAACAUCUCUCAAGAUCUCUCAAGUAUAGAUAUUCUCUGACGUUGACGGACAAUUGGGAAAAAUGGCCAAUUUUCUUCUUCUACUAUUGAGUAUAGCUUUUAUAGCGAACCAAGUUUUGUGCAAGAAACUAUGUCAAGCUUAAUCUUCACGCAUGGGGCUUAUCUUUAACUAUUGUAUUAUGCUAAUACAAUCAGCGUAUUGAUCUCCUUUACUAAACGUGCAACUUUAGUAAAUAUACUUCUACAGUGCGUCCAGGAAUAUGCUCGUUUACCGCCAUUCCUUUCUCGUCAAGGUAACUAGAGUUUUUAUUUCUGUAUUUUUUCCCAAAAAUUUCAAACCGAAGUUACCAAGAGCACGAAACCACGAAGCUUUACCAUUCAAAUACCGAUCGGUAAAUAUUGGGACCCUCUAUUCCACUCGAUUUACAUUUUAGGUUUACACGUAGGUGUAUAAAAUAUUGAUGAUCUAUUUACCCGCAGUGCAAAAAUAAACAAUUCGAUAAACAUUAACCAUAUGUGGUUAGAUAUGAAUAACAUUAAACAGUAGCUUGGAGACCAUUUUGUAUCCAAGUGAUUGUCGAAUUCAAUAUGGCGUACAUCAAAAAGAAUCCCGACGCGCAGAGACCUUUACAGGUUGAAAUUAAAACACAAGAACAGUGGGAUGAGCUGUUGUCAAAAGAAGGACUGAUAGUGGUAGAUUCCUACUCAGCAUGGUGUGGACCAUGUAAAGCGAUUGUAAGUUCCUUCAAGAGACUAAAGAAUGAACUUGGUGAUGACCUGCUUGUGUUUGCAACUGCUGAAACAGAUUCCGUUGAUUCUUUGGAAGCUUAUAGAAUGAAAAGUCAACCAACAUUCCUGUUCUAUGCUGGCGGGAUUCUGGUAAAUGCUGUGAGAGGAUGCAAUUGCCCUUUAUUGGUGAAGACUAUACGUAAUGAACUGGAGAAAGAACACAAAGUCUUAGAUGGAAAGGGUGAAAGAGUUCCAUUUGUUGAUCAAGAAGCCCUGAAAGAGCCUGUAUAUGAUGAGAAGAAAGAUGAAGAAAAGGAGGUUGAAGAAGAAGAGGAAGAAUUAGGUGAGCUGUAUAUUCUUCAAUUGCUGAACAUUUCCUGAGCUAUCAUAGCAAUUGCUGUGGUCAUAGUGAUCGUACGGAAACCAGCCUUUACAGUAGACCUUGUCUCUUGCAUAAAUAAAUAAACCAUCUACAAGUCUCUAGCAAACUUUUUUUUUAUAGUGUUAUUUCCCUUACAGUCUAUACAACAGGCACUCAAAACAUGUAAAUAAUGCAGGGGAAAUUUUAUCAGGCUGGAAUAAACUGUUUUCAAAUGAACUUUCUAAAAAAUUUUCGAAGACCUGAAGUGAAUUUUAGAAUGGAAUUUUGCAAGGUACUGCGAACUUCUGUUGGAAAGUUUUAUGAAGCCAAACAAAAUUUCAUAAAACUAAUUUCUCAUCAGAAGAAACAAUUAUAGUUUUCUUGGUUUUCAAAGAAUCUAGUUCUAUUAAUGAUUUUUUUUGUUUGAAACAAAAUUGCCUUUAUUUUAGUUG